AUGUCUCUCCAGAAGCUAUCGACCGAACUCGAUGGCCAGAUCGCAAGCAGUCUUCUCGGCGACACCAAAGCUCUCAGCGCCUUCUCUAAGACAAACAAAUACUACCGUGGUAUUGCUGAGCCUUAUCUAUUCAAGAAUAUUGAGGUUGCCGCUAACGAUGUUGAGACGUCGCUACGGUUACUCUUCACAUUGUUGGACCGCAAGGAACUUGCGCUCUACAUUGGAAGCUUGACUUACACACAACCCGUACGCCGUCAGGAGGUCACGAACCGAAGUUUGAAGCAAGAGAAAUUGCGUUCUGAUGUAUGGAAAUACCAAACCGCGAUACAGGACAGAAUGGACGAAGUUCUCUUUCCAGUCUCCGAAUUCCAAAGGCGUCCAUUACCUUACAGGAUAUCUGCCGUUUUGGGUUUAGAGUGGAGGGAGAAUGAAGGCCCCUUUCAGAGCCUUUGGCAUCUUAACAUGAAUGGGGCUGUGCCUUAUGGGGAUACCGUUAUGGUAUUGCCCGCCUUCCGGACCUUGGAGAUCAGAGUCCGGUCUUUCCGACCAUUUUCUACCGCAUCAAUGUUCGAAUACCCAUCGGUUAUGCCCAAACAACCUGUCCUUCGCCGCAUACAACUUACUGGAGCAAACAACAUAACCCCUGCAGCGGUUCAGAAGAUGGUCAACAACCCGGCAAUGAGCAACCUAAGAGAGCUUGUGGUCGUUGGUUGCGGAAAAGGCAGACGUUGGCAGCCUGAUGGUAUACAAGAAGACGGCUUGGUCGAACUCCUACGAAGUUUAGAGAAGCAUACCCCACUCCUGGAGCUACUUCAGUGGUCAAAUCAGGAGUCAAACAGACCCGAAGGCCACCCCCAGUUCGAUACCUUCAGAGAUAUCAAACACCUCCGUAAACUACACGUCGAUUUUGGCCUACUCGUGCCGCACAAAGACACCAAGCUGAAGUGUCUCUCAGAUCCGCAUGCCGUCUUCCCCGCGCAUCUGGAACAUCUUACAUUAGACUGCUUCAACACGGAUAAGCUUCACAAGCUCGUGUCUACAUUCAACGAAACAGUCGAAAAAGCCGAAGACAUGUCCGAGACUGAAGCCCUUCAAGCCAAUCUCACCAUCCUCGUCGCCCUGUUCUCUCCUCUCAGGCAUCUCUCUCUCAUUGUACCCAUGGAGACUAGAAACGAGUCUAUGAACACCGUCACUUUGCACGAGUUGGAUCCGGUGGAUAUUGUAUUCUUUCGAUAUGCGGCGGACGAGUUACACAAGUUGGGUGUCACGUUGGAGGUGUUCAGUAGGAAAGGGGGUUACGAAAAGGAGAAGAAGUUACUAGUUAAAAAAGGAUGGACGGCGUCAUUGCCGCAGUAUCUAGAAUGA